AGAAGGAUGAAUGCUGAAUAACUCAUUGGUUGGGAUGUUGUUACAACUCCCGACCAGAAGGGGGAGGUAUUUCAGAUGACACUUGUUCGCUCACAGCCGUAAACAGGAAACAGCCGAGGAAGGCGGGGUUCACCAACAGCAUGGCCGCCAGUGGCAGCAGGAAUGAACCUGGUGGUGACGACACCAUACUGGAGGCGCUGUGUUUUCCGGAGCAGCAGGCUGACGGCUCCGGGUUUCUCAGUGUCCACAGUCCCGGUAUGGAGCUGCUGGUGUGUCUCUUCUGCUCAGAGUCGACCCCCCUGCAGCAGAAAGACUCUCUCCUCAAACAUCUGCUGCUGGAGCACAAGCUGGUCAUCGCUGACGUCCGGCUCAUCGCAGACCUCCCUAAGUACAUGCUGUACUGGAAGGGACGGUUUCUGGAGCAGCCCAUCGCAGAUUUCUGCAGCGUCAUCAAAACCAACUCCACUGGGCCAGUCGAGAAACAGGAGGAGUACUUCCUGCUGUGUGACGUGCUUCCCGAGGACCGGAUCCUCCGAGAAAAGCUGCAGCAGAAGCGGCUGGAGAAGGUGCUUGAACAGCAGGAGAAAGAGAGAAAUGACUGCAGUUUCCAUCGGCUCUGCAUGUUCUGCAGCGAGGAGUUCUCUGGAAACAGGUCUUCUCUGCUGAACCACAUGGCCCGAGAACACUCCUUCAGUGUUGGACUGCCGGACAACAUCGUGUUCUGUAGCGAGUUCCUGGACGCGCUGGAGAACAAACUCGACAACCUGCAGUGUUUAUACUGUGAGAAAACGUUUCGGGAUAAAACCACGCUGAAGGAUCACAUGAGGAAAAAAGCUCAUCGCCGCAUCAACGCCAACAACCGCCAGUACGACCGCUUCUAUGUCAUCAACUACCUGGAACUGGGAAAAAGCUGGGAGGAGGUUCAGAGUGAGGAUGACCGCGAGCUGGUAGACGAUAAUGAAGAUGACUGGUCGGACUGGCAGGCGAACCCGGUCUCGGCUGUCUGUCUGUUCUGUGAUCAUCAGUCAGAGACCAUGGACCAGCUCUACUCGCACAUGAAGGACGCACACAGCUUUGACCUCCAUCAACUCAAGACAGAACUCAACCUCAGGUUCUAUCAGCAGGUCAAGCUGGUGAACUUCAUCCGGCGGCAGAUCCACCAGAGCCGCUGCUACAGCUGCCAGCAGAAGUUUGACUGCAAAGCAGAUCUGAUGCAGCACAUUGAGAGGGAGGCCCACGUCAUGAAGCUGCCCCACACAUCCACCUGGGACCAACCACAGUACUACUUCCCCACCUAUGAGAACGACGCUCUGCUGUGCACGCUGUCUGAGAGUGACGAAGAUGAGAGAGAGGAGACGGGCGGCAGUGAAGACGUCCCGGUGAUUGCAGAAGACAUUUCUGGCCUCAGAGCACUGAAACAGACCAGCGUCCUCAAUCACCUGCUGAAGAACAGCUGACAUGUUGUUUUCUGUUGCUCCUGCUUUAUAACCAAGAGUCUGCAGGAAGAAGAGUCAAACCAACAUCACUGCUGCUCAUUCCCAGGGAAUAGAGAAGCACUAUUUCACUGUAGUGAGGAGUGUUUGUGUACAAUCCUCACUCGUCCUGUGACCCUUCAUCCAGUCACUAUCAAACUGUGUUUAUACAUUCAUCUUUAUUAUAUCCAAAGUCAAUAAAAUCUAAUUUCAAACAAA